AUGCUCUCUCAGCCAAGCCGCGAGCGGGCUUUUGUACUUGCCCUCGGCCUGGUAGUCUCGUCCUCCUUGGCUGCUGCCGCGCCCUGCGACAUCUACUCCUCCGGUGGCACACCCUGCGUUGCGGCGCACAGCACCACUCGUGCCUUGUAUAGCGCCUACUCUGGCCCACUCUACCAGGUCAAACGCGGCUCCGACGGUGCCACGACGAACAUUGCGCCGCGUUCUGCGGGCGGCGUCGCCAACGCUGCUGCUCAAGACACCUUCUGCGCCAGCAUGACCUGCCUGAUCACGGUGAUUUAUGACCAGUCCGGCCGCGGGAAUCACCUCACCCAGGCCCCUCCCGGCGGCUUCAAGGGCCCGGAAGCCAAUGGCUACGACAACCUUGCCAGCGCCAUUGGCGCCCCAGUCACCCUGAAUGGGCAGAAGGCGUACGGCGUCUUCAUCUCGCCCGGAACCGGUUACCGCAACAAUGCUGCCAGCGGGACAGCGAUCGGGGACGCAGCGGAGGGUAUGUACGCCGUCUUGGACGGGACCCACUACAACGGUGGCUGCUGUUUCGACUACGGCAACGCCGAGACCAGCAGUCUCGAUACCGGCAACGGCCACAUGGAGGCCAUCUACUUCGGCACCAACACCGUCUGGGGCUCGGGCUCGGGCAGUGGCCCGUGGAUCAUGGCCGAUCUCGAGAAUGGCCUCUUUUCCGGCUCCAGCCCGGCCAACAACGCGGGCGACCCAUCCGUCUCCUAUCGGUUUCUCACCGCAGCCAUUAAGGGGGGGCCCAACCGAUGGGCGAUCCGCGGCGCCAAUGCGGCGUCCGGCUCGCUGGCGACCUACUACAGCGGCGCGCGCCCCAAUGCAUCGGGCUACAAUCCCAUGAGUAAGGAGGGCGCUAUCAUCCUUGGAAUUGGUGGUGAUAACAGCAACGGCGCCCAGGGCACGUUCUACGAGGGCGUGAUGACCUCCGGGUAUCCGUCCGAUGCUACUGAAAAUGCCGUGCAGGCGGACAUCGUCGCCGCCAAUUACGCUGUGACGUCGCUGACCAGUGGCCCGGCGCUCACCGUCGGCUCCGCGAUCUCGCUGCGGGCCACCACGUCCUGCUGUACAACCCGCUAUCUCGCGCACACCGGCUCCACCAUCAACACUCAGGUCGUCUCAUCCGCCAGUGCCACCACCCUCAAACAGCAGGCCACGUGGACGGUUCGCACCGGUCUGGCCAACAGCGGCUGCUUCUCGUUCGAGUCCAAAGACACCCCCGGGAGCUUCAUUCGCCACAGCAACUUUGCGCUCGUGCUGAACGGCAACGACGGGACGAAGCAGUUCAAAGAAGACGCCACGUUCUGUCCCCAAGCCGGUCUUAAUGGCCAGGGCAGCUCGAUUCGCUCCUGGAGCUUCCCCACCCGCUAUUUCCGUCACUAUAGUAACGUGCUCUAUGCGGCGAGCAACGGCGGCGUCCACACGUUUGAUGCUGCCGGCUCAUUCAACGACGAUGUAAGCUGGGUUAUCAGCUCUGGCUUUGCUUAA